AUCUUGUCCUCCCUCGAUCUCCUGAGUGAAAUUCUGAAUCGAAAUCAACAGCUACAAUCUCAGAAAGGCAAGAACAGUAUAGUGACAGCAGCCAUGGCUUCCUGCUGCAGCGGCUUCAUGGACAGGGCCAAGCCCUACUUCGCCAUGAUCUGCCUGCAGUUCGGCUACGCCGGCAUGAACGUCAUCACCAAGGUCUCCCUCAACCAUGGCAUGAGCCACUACGUCCUCGUCGUGUACCGCCACGCCUUCGCCACCAUCUCCAUUGCUCCCUUCGCGCUCAUCCUCGAGAGGAAGGUGAGGCCCAAGAUGACGUGGUCAAUCUUCUUCCAAAUCUUCGUCUUGGCGCUGCUCGGACCGGUGAUAGACCAGAACUUCUACUACGCCGGGCUCAAGUUCACCGGCCCGACCUUCGCCUGCGCCAUGAGCAACAUCCUGCCGGCCAUGACCUUCGUCAUGGCGGUCAUCUUCAGGAUGGAGAAGCUGGACCUGAAGAAGGUGAGGUGCCAGGCCAAGAUCGCCGGAACGCUGGUGACGGUGGCCGGGGCGAUGCUGAUGACGCUGUACAAGGGCCCGCUCAUGGAGAUGGCGUGGAGCAGGCACGCCGCCGGCGCCGUCCACGGCGGCGCCGCGGAGGCUCCAGCCGCCGCCGCCGCCGACCUCUCCGGCAGGGACUGGUUCCUCGGCUCGAUGUUCGUCAUCGUCGCCACCCUCGCCUGGGCCUCCCUCUUCAUCCUCCAGACCCACACCAUCAAGCAGUACUCGGCGCAGCUCUCGCUCACCACCCUCAUCUGCUUCGUCGGCACGCUCCAGGCCGUCGUCGUCACCUUCGUCAUGGAGCGCCGCCCCUCCGUCUGGACCAUCGGCUUCGACAUGAACCUCCUCGCCGCCGCCUACGCCGGCAUCGUGACGUCGAGCAUCGCGUACUACGUCCAGGGCCUGGUGAUCCAGAGGACGGGGCCGGUGUUCGCGUCGGCGUUCAGCCCGCUCAUGAUGAUCAUCGUCGCCGUCAUGGGCUCCUUCAUCCUCUCCGAGCAGAUAUACCUCGGUGGCGUCGUCGGCGCCGUGCUCAUCGUCGUCGGGCUCUACUCCGUCCUCUGGGGCAAGCACAAGGAGACGCAGGAGAAGGAGGCGGACGCCAAACUAUCACUGCCAACGUCCAAAGGCGACAACGUCGGAGCCGCAACUCCUGAGACGACGACGACGACGCAGAUCGCCGACGUCGGCGCCGGAGACGAUGACGACGCGGAGCGCAAGAACCGCCACUCCAGUGGCGUGAGGUCAUCAUCCUCCAAUGGCCGUGGAGCUAGUGCGGUUUGAUGGACACCAACUCCCAAUAACUUGGCUGCGGCCGUCGUCGCGACGUCGACGUCGCCGUCGCCAUGCAGCGCCGUCUCCGCCUUAAGAUAUAUCUGAACUGUUCGUCUACUGCGCGCGCACUAGGAGGACGGUGGCACUAAGGACUCGUUUGGAAAUGGAGCUUUUUGGUAGGAAAUUUUUGAGGACUUGUUACUGUUUGAUUCCCUGAAAAAAAAAACAUAAGUAUUUGUCACCUUGUCACUUGUUCAGAAUGGUGACAUCUCUGCUUUUUGUAUCAUGUUUGAUCAAAGCUGCUAUGCUAGCUUCAUCAUCUG